GGGGUGGUGGUUCGCAGAGAGAUAGCACAUAGGUUUAAUUUAGUCGCUGGGAACAUAUCUGUGAGCCCGGAGCGAAGCGGAGCCUCUCUCCACUUCCACCCGCGUCGCCUUACCAAGCUUUCCAGAGGUUCUCCAGGAAGCUGCGCGCACCCAGCCCGGAGCGAUGGGAGAGGCCGAGACGCGUCAGAAACUGCUUCGCAACGUGAAGAAGGAGGUGAAGCAAAUUAUGGAGGAAGCAGUAACGAGGAAAUUCGUGCAUGCGGACAGCAGCCACAUCAUCUCCUUCUGUGCUGUGGUCGAGGCGUGCGUGCUGCAUGGACUGAAGCGUCGAAUUGCGGGCCUGCUGUGCAGUAAUAAGGUCGCCGCACUCUUUAUGAAGGUGGCAAAGAGCUUUUCUCCCGCCGAGGAGCUUUGUCGCAAGGUUCAGGAGCUGGAGCAGCUUAUUGAAAACAGCAAGCAGAACGUUUCAUCCCUCAGCAAUGACCGCAGUCGGCAGUCGAAGAUGCCCAACCUCCCUCCUCAGGCUCUGAAAAACCUGUGGAUUCGAACAGCCUUGAUGGAGAAGCUCCUGGACAAGAUUGUUCUGUAUUUGGUGGAAAACAGCAGUGUAUUUUAUGAAAAAGAGGCCAUGAUGAUGGAUCCUGUGGAUGGACCAAUCCUUGCAUCUCUUCUGGUCGGCCCCUGUGCACUGGAGUACACCAAAGUUAAGACGGCAGACCAUUUCUGGACAGAUCCGUCUGCUGACGAGCUCGUACAGCGGCAUCGAAUCCACAGCAGCCACUGUCGGCAGGAUUCUCCCUCCAGAAGGCCUGCCUUGAUCCAGAAGAGGCAGUCCAGUGGUAGCAUGGAUGAUCGGCCUCUCACAUGGGUGAGAGAGUACGUGGAGUCCCUUCACCAAAACUCCAGAGCCACACUUCUGUUUGGAAAGAACAAUGUUCUGGUGCAGCCGAGAGACGGCAUGGAGGCCAUUCCGGGCUACCUUUCUCUUCAUCAAACUGCAGAUCUCAUGACGCUGAAGUGGACUCCGAAUCAAUUGAUGAAUGGCAAUGUUGGGGAGCUUGAUUCUGAAAAGAGUGUUUUCUGGGAUUAUGCGAUGACAAUUCGUUUGGAGGAGAUUGUGUAUCUCCACUGUCACCAACAAGUAAACAGUGGCGGUACCGUCGUUUUGGUGAGUCAAGAUGGAAUUCAAAGACCCCCGCUACAUUUUCCCAAAGGGGGUCACCUGCUCCAAUUCCUCACCUGUCUGGAGACCGGUCUGCUACCUCACGGACAACUGGACCCUCCACUCUGGAAUCAGAGAGGGAAGGGAAAGGUUUUCCCCAAACUGCGAAGGAGGAGUCCGCACAGCUCAUGUGAUUCUGUAUCGGAUAAGGAAGAGGAUGAAGCGACUGAUUAUGUGUUUCGGAUCCUCUUCCCUGGCAAUCAGAUGGAGUUCAUGCCCCUUGAGAUGAUAGAUCAGGGUGUUACGAUGUGGCAGCCGACGCCCAGAAAGUCCUCCUGCUCCUCCUGCUCACACAACGGCUCCUCAGAUGGCUCCCUACCCAACGGCUGCAAUCACGAAAGGGCUCCCAUAAAGCUCCUUUGCGAUACAAUGAAAUACCAAAUAAUCUCUCGGGCUUUCUAUGGAUGGCUCGCAUACUGUCGCCACCUGUCCACGGUCCGAACGCACCUUUCCGCUCUGGUCAACACCACUAUAGUUGAUCCGGAUGUGCCGUGCAAUGCUCGAGGGGGCCUCACUGUGGAGGUUUGGGAAAGUUUUCUCAAGGACAGCUCAGCUUUCGAGGAAAAGGAGAUACGCAGGCUUGUGUAUUUCGGCGGAGUGGCCUCGUCACUUCGCAGAGAGGUUUGGCCCUUCUUGCUCGGACAUUAUCAGUUCACCACGACUGAGAAAGCCAGACUGGAGAUCGACGAUCGGAUGCGAGCCCUGUACGAACAGACGAUGAGGGAGUGGCAGGGCUGCGAGGUCAUUGUGCGUCAGCGAGAGAGGGAGAAGCACGCCGAGGCCGUGGCGCGAUGUUCUUCUGGAGCCAGCGUAGAAAGAGGGCCCGUACAGCGGGACUCCACCAUCAGCACAGAUUCGUCGCUGAGUAGCAGUUCAGAGCAACAAAAUGCCCACUCACACAGUGAUUCCAGCAGCUGUGCUCAGGUGUUUGAAUCAGUCGAGGCUGAAUCCGUGGCCGGAGGAGAAGAGACCCCACCGACUAGUCUUGUGAAGACGACGGGAGAUCCAAAACCUCCCGCCUGUGAAUCCUCCACCUCGGCUGAGUCAAAUCAACAUCCAGGUCCAAACAUUUCUGCCGUACCUGAGCCAACAGAUGGACCUGCAGCCUCUCAGCAAACAGCCACAGUAGCAGAAACCUUAAGCCAGGAAACCACCGCGGAACCAAAGCCAGCAAUCAGUGAAUCGGCAGGACAAGAUGUCAAACCCUCAGACCUCGAGGAGGAGGCUGGGGUGCAGAAGACGGAGACAAAUUCAGAAAGCGAGCCUGCCGCGGAGACAGAGAGAAGUAAGUCCGAAGAGACAUCUGCUGCUGAGAGUAAAGAUCCCACGACCCACGGGGCUGUAAAAGAAGCAGACACUAAUAUGAAUGUGAAGUCGGCUCCAGAAAACACAAAUGUUCUGAAGCUGGAAACAGAAAUACACAACGAAUAUUUCCAAGCGCCGCCACUCGGAGAGACCUUGUCUCUCGAAGGGAACAGGAGCAAAGAUCUCACAGGGGAGAGGUCUUGUCCAGAAGAGACAUCAAGAGAAAACGCUGAUUCGCAAAGCGACAAAAAGCCGCAGGAUUCUAAAAAAACAGAAAGUAAAGAAUCGCCUGGAUGUGACUUUGCUGAAACCAAAAAAGCCGCAGAGUUGCAACUUGAGAAACCGGGCUCCAACUCUCCGGUCAGACAAGUGCUGAAUGCUCUGCAGACAGCCUCUAGAGGCAGCUUCUCGUUGUCGUCCCACUCCCGGCAGUCUCCAGACGCUGUGGAUUCAGAUGACUCUCCAUCUGCCUUGGAAAUGGAGGACAUUCCUGCAGGGAUAACAUGCGUGAAUUCAGAAGACAUUAAGCCCAGGCCUCUGAUGGGGCUCGCAGCACCUCCCAUUUCCCUGGCUCAGAGGGAGAAAAUGGCCUCAGAGAGGCUUGCCCAAGAUCACCAUCUGGACACCGCAUGCAACACCAGCCCUGAGGGCACUGACCUGGGUCUAUCUGAGGAGGAGGCUGAGAUGGAUAAUGUGCUCAAUGAACCAGAUUCUGCAGAGAUGGCAGGUGUGACCAAAUACGAAGAAUCCUCAGAGGAACAGACCUAUUCUCAAGAAACGCUUGACAUGUACCUGAUCAACUUGCAUCGCAUCGACAAAGAUGUCAGACGUUGCGACAGAACGUACUGGUACUUCACAGCUGAGAAUCUGGAGAAGCUGCGCAACAUCAUGUGCAGCUACGUGUGGCAGCACCUGGAGACGGGCUAUGUGCAGGGCAUGUGUGAUUUAUUGGCUCCGCUGCUGGUAAUUCUGGAUGAUGAGGUGAUGGCGUUCAGCUGCUUCACCGAACUGAUGAAGAGAAUGAACCAAAACUUUCCCCACGGGGGUGCCAUGGACACUCACUUUGCCAAUAUGCGGUCACUUAUACAGAUCCUGGACUCUGAACUCUUUGAGCUAAUGCAACAGAACGGAGACUACACUCACUUCUACUUCUGUUACCGCUGGUUCCUUCUUGACUUUAAAAGAGAAAUGGUAUAUGACGAUGUGUUCUCUGUGUGGGAAACAAUCUGGGCAGCCAAGCACACCUCCUCUGAGCACUUUGUGCUUUUCAUCGCUCUUGCCCUCGUGGAGAUGUACAGAGACAUCAUUCUGGAAAACAACAUGGACUUCACAGACAUCAUCAAGUUUUUCAAUGAAAUGGCGGAGCGACACGACGUCCCCAAGGUCUUGAUGAAAGCCAGAGAACUGGUCCACCAAGUUCAGAUUCUCAUAGAAAACAAGUAGCGCUUGAAGAUGCUGCGAUCCACGACCCCCCCGAUGGUCUUCAAAGAUUUCAAAGAUCCUAGCACAUGAAGACGUCAACUAACGCAGUGUUUUGGUAUAAUGUCGGAGGUCAUAGAAGCUGCUCAUUAUUCAAACAGUGGUCGUCAAAAACAAUCUCACCAGUUGCUCCACUUUAUAUACAGGACAUACAAGCAUUGCCAGUAAAUACCUUUUUGAAGUGUCAUUGUUCACCCAGUGAAUGUGUCCUUGUAGAAAUUGCUUCAGGAUGUUAUUUAGCCUUAAACUUUGCGGUUUGUUUUCAGGGAUACAGCAACCAAAUUCAUCACUCUCUUUCUAAUAUGUCAUUUCACUCGGUACCACAAACAUGUUCGUAUUGGAUUGUAGCUGCCAUCGUUAAAACAUCUUGUGGUACAACAUUUUUAUUUGAUGUAGUGUCGCGAGACACGCUUUGGAGGAGCAAAUGAUUGUGUAGACAUUGGCUGUAGCCGUCACUUGCUCUGCUUUACUGACAUUCAGCGUUUGGUGUGCUGUUUCCGAUGUGCUCU